UUAUUUUCAUAUUAAUAUAAUUUGAAAAUUUCAUAAGAUUUCUAUAAUGUUACUUAAACAUUUACAAACAUGUGGUGGAUUUUACAAAUGCUCAAAAUAUCACGAAAAAAACGGGCUUAUCCAAAAAGGACCAACUAAGAGGCAAAAAAGUUUUAAAAACAUUGUGUUUAACUAUUGGUACCACAAUAAUAAUUUAAUUGGAAUGUACACAAAAUUUGGGGGGAUUUAAGGGAACAAAACCCCAUAAAAUUUUAAUUGGGUGUACAAAUUUCACUGUCAUUUUUUUAAGAUGUUCCUGCCUUUUUUCAAUAAAAAAUUUCUUAUAGUUUUCGACGUACCUAUUGGAAAAAAUCGAUUUUCAUUUUGUAACUUCAAAGGGCUUAACUUUUUUUAUGUGCACAUUUUUGUGCUAAGGUAAGUUAGGUUCAAUGGAUAAAUUUUUGCUCUCAGAAUAUGUGAUUUAAUUUAUGACCUGCCUUUUGUUACACCCCGUAUAGUUUACACUUUGUAGUGCCUUUAUAAUAUAAUAGUUUAUAGUUUUUCAUUUGUUUAAAAUCUAAGUUUUUGUAUUUUUCCAUGAACUUAAAAAUCCCGAGAAAAAAAUAUUAGAACAUACUUAAUUUGUAAAAGUUAUGAAAUUAUAAUAUGAUUACAGAUUACAUAUUGCUUUUUACUCAUAAAAUAUUCAAAAUGUAAUUUUGUUCAGUUGUCCGAAUUAUUAAAAAAAAUAAUCACAAACAUAAAUAAGUGGAACGUCUAUGGUUUUGGAUGGCGAACUAAAAUGUUGUUGGCCGAGAAUAGACAUAACCUCAAUAUUGUUAUCUGUUUUGAUUGACGUUUUAAAAAGCGGGAAUAUUUUUUGUGUAGAUUAAUUUGUACUUGUAGAUUAAAUGAAUUUUAUAAUUCACAAAUAAUUCUAUAAACAUACGAUGAAUAAACCACCUAGAACAAAGGUUAAAACCCCACCCAAAAACAAUUUGAAAAUUUCGCAGUUUUUCUUCAAAGAUAGAACAAAUUUAAAAACGAAUGGGACCAAGGAAGACAAUUCUGAACAAAGUACUAAUAUGGCUUUAAUAGAUGGUGCCAAAAGUAACAAAGCAGGAAAAACAGUAAAUACGAACAAUGAUUCUAUGCAAUCAAUGGGGACACUUCAUAAUAACAAAAAAAGAAAGUCGAGUGAAGAUGAAGUUGAUAAAGAGUGUAAGAAACUCUGCCAUGAAGAAGAAAUAAGUUGUUUUAAAGGCCAUAAUGUGGAUGAAUCGUUAGAUGUUACAGAUUGUUCUAUUUUAAAUCAAGUACCAAUAGAUAGGCUUAGUUCACCUGAAAAAUUGAUAAAAGUUAAGAGUCCAAUGAAGCAAAAGAUUGAAAAAGAAAACAAAACCAAACAAAUAUCACUAGUUAAAAAAGAAAUUACACAGAUGGACAGUUUUCCAGACAUGUGUGAAGUCGAUUUCGAUGAUUGGGAAGAAAAUACUGUAAUAGAGCCAGAAAACUUCAAUUUAGACUUAACUCAGCCGUGCCAUUGUAAAAUAACGCAGAUAGUGACUUCAGGCCAUACAAUUUCACUACAUUUGUUAUCAACUAAAGAGAGUAAAGAAGCCGUUUGUGAAGUACAAGGUAUUUGGACUUACAGUAACUUAUCUAUUGGUGAUACGAUAUAUAUUACUUGCGCCAAAGUUAACAAUACUUGGGUAGUUAAUAACGAUUGGGGCUUAAUAGUUUUCGAGCCUGAUAUACUGGUAUCUUCAACAUCUGUGGUAGGUUCAUUAUGGUGUAAAAGAAGAAAUGUGUUAGCUGAAAGGUUCAGAGGUUUCGACAGCACAAAUCAAUAUAUGAUUCUUGGAACUUUGAUCCACAGCACCCUACAACACGCCUUAAAAUACAAUGUUAGCGAAACAGAAAAACUUGAAGGAUUAGUUAGAAAAUUCAUGUCAAAAAGUCGUGUUGUUAAAAAUCUUUAUGAAUGCGACAUAUCAGCAGACUGGAUUAAUGAUGAAGUCGUCAAAUACAUACCGAGGAUACAAGAAUUCAUGAACGUCUACGUGAAUAAAGGGAACAAUCAAAUACAAAUAAAAGACAACUGGAAAGGGAGAAUAGACGAUAUAGAGGAUGUGGAAGAAAAUAUUUGGUGUCCAGAACUAGGUAUAAAAGGAAAAAUUGAUGUAACUGUUCAAGUAAACAAUAAACCUAUGCCUCUAGAGCUGAAAACAGGCAAAACGUCGUUGUCUUUGGAACACCGAGGUCAAGUAAUGCUGUAUCUCAUGAUGAUGAACAAAAUUGGUUAUAAUGCAAGUUCUGGCCUGCUUCUUUAUAUUAAAGAAGGUGUAGUAAAGGAGAUAUCGCACACGAAGAAGGAAGAAAGAGAUUUGAUAUAUUUAAGAAAUGAAUUAGUGUACUAUCUAACACAAUCUGUUACUGAAGCUGACAAUAUUCUAAUCCCUCCUAGUCUGCCUGAACCUAUAAACCACAAGAGCUGCACCAACUGCCCUUAUAGCGCCAUCUGUACCGUUUAUGCUCAUGUCAAUAAUGAAAGCCUAUCUUCUAAGCCAACGCUGAAAAGUAUCCAAGACGAGAUUUUACAAAACCUGAAGCAGUCCCAUAUAGAUUACUUCAUGAAGUGGACUAGCUUACUUUUGAUCGAAGCAGAGUCGAAUAAGGGUGCGAAAGAUAUAAAAGAAAUCUAUCUAGUGCCUCCGAGUGAUAGGGAAAAGAAAGGUAGAUGUAUCUCAAAUCUAAGGAUAUCGAAAGUUAGUGAUGUCAUUGAUGAAUUGUAUUUUGAACAUUACUUCGAAAGGAUGGUCCCAGAUAGUUCAGGAAACUUUGGGACUAGUGGUUUACUUGUUGGUGGUUAUGUUGUUGUUAGUACUGACAAGAGGCAUGCUGUUGCAGCAGGUUUUGUCAAUGAUAUCACGGCGACAUCCAUAUCAGUUACUUUAGAAAGAAAUUUAACUCUUAAAUUUAAAAAUCAAACGUUUUACAUAGAUAGCUAUGAUUCUGGUAUGUUACAAUCAUUUAAUUUGAGCAGUUUGGCUUUAUUAUUAGAACCAACUCCAAGAGCAGAGAAUCUCAGAAAAAUCAUAGUUGACAAGGAAUCUCCCACAUUUCGAACGACUUUGCCUAAAGUCGUUGGUACCACUGGAAAAACCAUACUAAGAAGACUGAAUAGAGUACAACAAAGAGCCGUAUUGAAAGCCAUUACAGCUAAUGAAUACUUUCUAAUCAAAGGUAUGCCUGGUACAGGCAAAACUGCUACCAUCGUAGCCUUGAUACAGCUAUUAUAUGAACUGGGUAAAACAGUUCUUAUUACGAGUCAUACAAACUCAGCUGUUGAUAAUGUUUGCCUUAAGUUACUGGAACAUGGUGUCAAAUUUAUCAGAUUGGGAUCAGAGUCGAAGAUUCACAAAGAUUUGCAUGAAUAUUCAGAGCAUAGUCUUACGAAAAAUUGUUCAACAGCUAGUGAUUACGAAGCUGUCUAUAAUAGUGCUCAAAUUAUAGCUGUGACAUGUUUUGCUUCUGGUCAUCCAGUGUUAACCAAACGUUGCUUGGAUAUAUGUAUAGUGGACGAAAGUACUCAGGUACUACAACCAUCUGUGAUAAGACCACUGUAUGCCUGCAAAACUUUUAUACUAAUAGGUGAUCCUGAUCAGUUGCCAGCAGUUAUUAAAAGCAGUAAAGCUAGAGAGUUAGGCAUGUCCGAAAGUUUGUUCGAAAGACUCUAUGCAACAGACGCUGCUACAUCCUUAAACAUAAAUUACAGAAUGAACAAGACUAUAACGGCUUUAGCUAAUCAUCUAACAUAUAAUGGGGAACUGCAAGUUGGUAAUAGUUCUAUUGAAAACGCUACAAUAAGUUUCCCAAAUAAACAAGUCUUAACAGACUCGUAUAGUGGUGAUAGUUGGAUAUUGAAAGCACUAGACGAGUCAUUAGAUAGUGCUGUACAGUUUCUUGAUACAGGCCCUGUGUGGAAUCUAGAACAAGACACUAGCUGGAAAAUUCACAAGAGCUUUAGCACAGAGGACACUAGUUCUAAAGUAAACAUCCAUGAAGCAGCUAUUAUUUUCAAACUUGUCAAAGCUUUACUCAAAGCUGGUCUUCCAGCCAAAGAUAUAGGCGUUAUUGCAAGUUAUCGACACCAAGUAGAGCAGUUGUCCACCUUACUUAAGUCUGAGUGUAUAGACAUUAACACUGUCGACCAGUUUCAAGGAAAAGACAAAAGUGUGAUCAUUUAUUCGUGUGGUAAUUCCAAAAACACUGAUACCUUCAAGGUGUCCAAAAACGACGAUAUUUUAGAAGACAAAAGAAGACUGACGGUGGCCAUAACCAGAGCGAAGCACAAACUUAUCAUUGUCGGUGAUGUUAAGACCCUUAUGGUGUAUUCUACAUUUAAAAAACUGUUGUCCAAUUUUAGCAAUAAUGUUAUUAAACUGUGUGAGUCGAGAGACUUCUCUUGGGAACAGUGUUUACUUUUAAAUGAAUCAUAAUAGCCCAGUUGUUAGAGAUUUGAUCUCUAAAACCAUACGAACGAGCUGAAUUUUGCUAAGAAUGUCAAUUUUGGGAAUUCAAAAAGAUGAAAAAAAUGUUUGCCACUCCUACCUUCCCUCUAAAAUCCCCCAUGGUAGCGGGGAAACCGGAAUACAUCGAUUUACCAAGAAACUGUAUGCUGUAGAAUACUUUUUGGAUAGAAUGAAUAGUUCACAGAAACAACGCUUAAAGCCGCCGGCGAUUUUGAAUAACGCAGGCUAGAUCAAUUUUUUAAAAUAAAAUUUGUAUUUUAAAAGAUAUUGAAUUUUUACCAUUGAGUUGAUACAAAUUUUAUUUAAAAAAUUUAUUUCGCGGUCGUAUCAAAAUCGGCGGUUGCUUCAAACGUUAUUUCUGAGAGAACGGUUAAUUCUUCUAGACAAAAAGUGCUAAUAAACAUUUUUGUUGAAAAUCAUCUCUGCUAUAUUUCUUGUUUGAAACAUUUUUUCUAUGGCGUACAGAUUCUUGGUAAAUCGAUUUACCCUCCCCCCUUAGGAGGGAGAUUCUUUGAUAUCCCUAAAUUGACAUCCCUAGCAAAAUUCAGCUUGCUCAUGUGAUUUUUAUAGGUCCAGUGGUAUUUUUGUCUCUAGCGACUGGAACAUGUUAUUAUUUUAUUUAAAAAAUACGGUUUUUGUUUGUUUUUAUGUAAAUUUAAGAUAAUAAAGAGUAUAUUCUGACAACUGAA